AUGUAUCUUUAAUACCAUUGAACGUCCGAUAAAAAAUCUUGUGAGGAACCUUGCAUUAAAUUUUCAAGCUUUUAUAUUAAGGGGAAAAUAUUUUAUUAAGAAUAAUUAAACAUUUUUUUAAAAAUUCCAAAAAUUACCAAGGCUAUAGCCUAGCAAUAAAUAGCUCGAAAAUGUUACCAUACACUUAUGAUAAAAUGCUUGUAUAAAUAUCUUAUUUAAAUUUUGAAUUUUUGGGUACCUGCCUAUCUGUUAUGAUCAAAAUUUGUAUGCAUUUGAACAUCAGGUAAUUAACAUAUUUUUGUAAUUUAUUUUGAUGAAUUCCUUAAAUGUUUGAAGUUAACGCGUUUGUAAAAAAAGUGUGACUAUGUAAUAUUUAUUUACUAUGAGAAUAACAUAUAAAGAAUCUUGUAUAAUUGUUUUCAAGCUUUUUAACUCCCAAACAUUUUAUCAUAUAAAAACUGAAAUAAUACCAACAUUUCAAGUGUAUAUAAAUAAGACACUAUGUUUUGAAAUGUGUAGAAAAAGCAAAUAUAAAUAUUUGGAAAAAAAUUUAAGUCUAAAGUAUUCAUUGCUUAAUUAGAACAAAAAAAUAAAAAAAUCGAACUUGUUAAAAUCUGGUUUUGCUUAAAUUUUUCCUUGGAUUGUUGGUCCCGAUUAUUAUUAAAAUUACUGUGAAUUUUUUCACUUUUUACUCAUCAGAGUACCAACGAAAUCAGAUUUUUACCCCAGAAAUCACACUCGUAGUUGAAGAUUGAAGCGUUUUUACUGCUCCUAAGUGCACCGGCUAACACGAAAUAAAUAAUAAAUGUAACACAAUAUCAAGCACGCAAUACAUAAUAGUGUUGCCAAUAUUAUAUUCAACCGUUUAGUAUCUAUUAAAACGUAAUAUUAUAAAACUGUUUUGGUAUUAUUACACAGGACGUGACCGUAAUAACACAAUAAAAAUCGAUCGCUCCUCUCUCACACAGAAACGUACGUUAGCCCUAUACGGUCAUUAACACAUCAAUAUUCUAACACGCACACACAUACUAACAUGUGUACAUGAUAUUGCGCAUCUUGAAUUCCAGUCUCCAAGUGGUCUACGUUAACAAUAUCACCGUCAAGCAUUCACGUGUGUGCCGUUUUGGUGGGAGCGCCCGUGCGCGUCGGGAGUAGGACGUGUUAUCAUGUGUGAGCGAGCGAGUGCCGGCGGCGGUUGGGAAACUGAGAAAAUCUCGGCCAUUUAGCAUUUUACGUAGUCGCUGACGAGUGAAAACCCGUCGGCGGCGCGUGCGCGACGACGGUGCUCUGUUAUCGAUUGUUCAGCGUUCGGAAUACCGUUUACUUAUCAGUGACUGCGAUCGCGUCUACUGUGAUAAAAUAACGCGAUAUUAUUUUACGUAUUUUCAUACAGGUGAAACCUGACCCGUCGACCGUAAUAAUCGAAAAUCGAUCGCCCCGUACAGUCGUGUACGACUACUACAACAGCAAGCUAGUCAGUCAGCCGUGCUAUCAUCUCUUACCACUCUAAGACCAGCUGCUCAUACCAGGACCGCAGGAACAAGGUCUAUGGUUACCGACUAUCGUGGUACGCACUGCGAGCGCCUCCCACCGGGCGACACGCCGUCGCGGCGGAGUGUGGGCACCGGGCAGUGACGCGAAAACGUCGUACCCACCACCCGCCAGCCGUCGGGUCCGCUUUAAUCGCUUCUGAGCUCGAAAUCGAUAACGGCUUACCGCUUACGGCACUACGACGGCAGUACGACACUGUGGUAGGUGUGUUAGGUAAGCCGUGUAGGUGUAUACCCGCGCGUACGUUGUAGGUGGCUGGUAGGUGGUAGAUCGAUAAAACCGCAUUUGUGAUUCUGUCGACGGUUUCGAGAUAAAAAAAUCGAAAUUCGUUGGACGACUGAGAUGUUUGCCGUCCGGACUCCGGACUCGACACCUCCUACCACUCCUAUCGGCCGAGCGUGUUGUUAUUAUUAUUAUUAUCGUGUCGAGAUGGAAUUAUGAUUGUCGGUAAUUAUGCGUAGAUAAAAUAAAAGAUAACAUCAUCAAUCAUUGUUCCGUCCUCCGUCGUUCAUUUUUUUUUUUCGUUUUCCGACGCCACUAGAGUAUCGAGUACCGACUGUAAUUAUUAAUAUUGUAAAUCACUAAAUUAGUCAAUUCGUCGGAGAUACGACUCCGCGUCGUACAACCGCAGUGUAUACCGGAAGACACUUUUUUCAUCUAUCUUAUCAAUAAUUUCUUUCACGCCAUGACUGCUGUUCCGCCGCCGAUAAAAUACAAUACGUUUUCAAGUACGAUGGACUGAACUGAAGCUGACCCACCGGCACUACACAGCUGUUCAAAGAAGAAUACUAACUGAAGAUGGAUAAUAAUAUAUUUCAUGAAUUUAAUGGUCCAGCUAAAGAUAAAUGUAAUUAUUAUAAUCGAACGAGAAACAGACUUCUUAUUACAGCUUACGAAGGAAUACCUGAAACUCUUUUACUCAAUGCCUUAGGAUGUGUUCUUUUAGUUUUAUUUUUUGCAUUCAUGAGGAAAAGAGCAUGGGAUUAUGGACGUUUAGCAUUAGUCAAUAAAGAUUAUGAAAAGUGGUCUCGUAUAUUUUAUGGUACAACUGAUGAAAAUUCGGAGAAUAACAUUGAAGAUGGUAAUUCUACAACUACAUUAGACAAUUCAAUGCCUGUUGAUAGAGGUUUAUUUUCCUGGUUCUUAACAAUUAUACAGCUAAGAGAUGAAAAAAUUUUACGUAAAUGUGGUUACGAUGCUGUUCAAUAUUUAUCAUUCCAAAGGCACAUAAUGGUGUUAAUGGCUAUAAUUACUGCAGUUUCUUUAGGCGUGGUACUACCAAUCAAUUUUGCUGGUGACUUAGAAGGUGAUGAAAGAUCAUUUGGACAUACUACUGUUAGCAAUCUUCAUCCUGAUUCACCUUGGCUGUGGGUACAUGUGACUAUAGCCAUGUUAUACUUUCCAUUAACUAUUUGCAUAAUGAGAAGGUUUUCUGUAAAUCUUAAAUUAGAAGAAAAUGGUGAAUGUUGGUCACGUACGUUGAUGAUAACAAAUAUUCCUAGACGAAAUUCUGACAUAAAUGAUAUGGAUCGACAUUUUAAAGAGGCAUAUCCGGAAUGUGAAGUAGAAAAUAUUCAGCUUGCUUAUGAUGUCAACAAAGCUAAUGAAUUAGAUAGAGACAGAAAUGCUGCAGUUCAAGCAAAACAAUAUUGUGAAAAUCAUUUAAAAACUGUAGGGGAACGUCUUACAGUGCAGCCCCAUGUUUGUGGUUAUAUUUGUAUUUGUUGUGGUUUUUGUAGUUCUAAUAAUUUAGAUGCUAUUGAUUACUACUCUCAAGAAGAAGCUCGGUUAAAAGCAGAAUUAGACGCAGAAAAAGAAUCCGCUUUAAAAAGACCUCUAGGUAUAGCUUUUGUAACUAUGACAACAAUUCAUUCAGCUAGACUCAUUCACCAAGACCACGUUUACAAAUUAUCCAAAUGUGGUCGUCAUAAUCCACCUACCAGUUCUGUGGCUGGACUACUUCAGCCUUAUCGUUGGAGAGUAACUUUUGCUCCUCCGCCUGAUGAUAUAUUUUGGGAAAAUUUGACUGAACCAUCUCACAAUCGAUACUGUAAAAUUGUAUUAACAAAUUCAUUUUUAGUGAUAAUUUUAUUUUUUUUGACUACUCCCGUGAUUGUUUUGAAUGUUAUGGACACUCUUAAGCUUAGAGAAAUCGAAAAAGCUAGUCCUAUCUUAUCAGAAUUUAUGCCUACAUUAUUGUUGUGGACUGCAGCUGCGUUAUUACCGGUAUUAGUUAUAAGGUCUGAUCAGUGGCUUAGUCAUUGGACAAGAUCUAAAAGAAACCAUUCCAUUAUGCGCAAAACAUUUGUUUUUCUUCUUUUUAUGUGUUUGAUACUUCCAUCUUUGGGAUUAACAAGUGCCCAGGCAUUCCUAAUGUUCGCAUUUCAAGCUGGUAUUGAGACUUAUCGUUGGCAAUGUGUGUUUUUGCCUGAUAAAGGAGCAUUCUUUGUAAACUAUGUAGUUACGUCUGCUCUUAUUGGAACAAGUUUAGAACUCAUACGAUUUCCAGAACUUUUUAUGUAUGCUCUCCGAUUAUCAUUGUCAAGAUCAAAAGCAGAAUCUGCUAGUGCUAGAAGACUAAUUCUUUGGGAAUUUCCAUUUGGAGUACAAUAUGCUUGGAUGCUAAUUAUAUUUUCAAUUGUGACAGUGUAUAGUCUUUCCUGUCCUCUUAUAACACCCUUUGGUCUUUUGUAUAUGGUUACUAAACAUUUUGUUGAUCGUUAUAAUAUAUAUUUUGCAUAUGGCAAAUCAAAAAUUAGUAAACGCAUACAUAGUACAGCUAUAAAUUGUGUUAUGGUUUCAAUAGUACUUUUACAAGUAAGUUUUACUUCACUGUCAAUGUUGCGCCAUGGACUUCAUGAUAUUACUUUAUUUGCUUUGGUUGGACUUAUAAUAACAUUAACAUUCACAUUAUCUCAAUGUUUCUUCCGAAAUUGUACCGCAUGGAGUCCAAUACUUUAUCAAGUUAGAAAUCCACGUACAGUUCAACCAAGUCCGGCAAGAAGACGUGAUCAUUCACAUGGUUACGACUAUGUCCCUGAAGUAUUACGUCAACCUUUGCCACAUACAGCAGCAAAUUCUCUAAUUACGUUGACACCAAACGAUUCUGGUACAACAUUAGAUGAUUUGGAAAUCGAGAUGAGACAUAAUGAUGAUAGAUCAGAUUAUCAUCCCCAGACUAAAGUAAUUAUAGAAUCUCAAAAUCACUGUGAUCAACUAUACCAGAAUUAUGAUUAUAAUCAAACAGUUCCUGUAUAAUAAGGUAGGAAAACUGUGAUUCUAAUUUGUAUAGUAACAAAAUUAAUACAUAUCUAUACUUAUUUUGCAGAAA